CCUGAGAAAUAUAAGUAUAAUGUAAUAGAAGGUGAACACGUAAACAUAGAUUUCACUUCAACAGUUCCUAUUGGAUGUAUAGCAUCACAUCCUGACAUACUAUCCACUUGCUAUCAGAAUUUUUAUAUAUACCAACCUCAGUAUGACAACGAUGAACCUGUUCGUUGUAAAAAUAACAUCGUCAAUAGAGACGUUGUCUUCAGAACAAAUUUCUGUGGAAUUAAAGUAGGACAUCUUGAUUGGAAGGAGAAAAAACGUUUACAAGUCUAUGGUUUCAGCGAUGGUCUCUACAAUCACCAAGACCGAUCAACCGUCAUCAGAUUCUCGGCUACAUCUGUAUCUGAUGUCAAUUAUAUUUGGCAAAACAUCAAGAUUCCCGAUAUCAAGUUAACUGUUAUAGACAAAGACUCUGCUUUGACGAGCAGAAUGUGCCAGUCUUACAAUGACCCUCAUAUCACAACAUUUGAUGGUAGAGCAUAUCAUUACAUGGAUAUUGGCGAGCAUGUAAUUUAUAGAAAUGAUAGAGGACCUUAUUGGGUACAUGCUUUGUUCACCAACUGUGGAUUUGGUUGGGCUGGAUCUGCAUGCCACUGUGGAAUAGCUAUCAGGAGCAGACAGUCUUUGUUUGUACUGAGGACAUGCAAAAAGAUUUCACGAACAGAAAAAUACCUACUAGAUCAGCCUAUAACUGAAAUCCGAACAUGUGUUGAUAGUGAUUUGUCAGUUGUCAGUAGCGGUAAUAGUUACACGGUCACAUUACCCAUAGGAACGGAAAUCAAAUUUACCGUGUCUACUUAUUCACGUUUCAUCACAAUGGUAUCUGUUAAGCCCUCCAUUUAUGACAUAAAUGAAGCAAGAGGUCUUUGUGGAGUUCCAAGUGCCAUUAAAGACCCAUCUGAUGAUUUUUUUCACCGUGAACAAGGAUCUAUAAACAACGAUCAGGAGUUUGCCCGUUCUUGGAAGAUUCAUCCUACUUCAACUCCGAAAGAACAGCUCUUCAUACCAAAUCCUCAUUUUCUUUCCGAGGAACCCAGCAUUGAAAUUGAAAUUAAAAACGACAACUCAAAUGCAAACGUGACGACAGGAACCUAUUGUAUUUGUGAGAAACAAGCAGGAACAGCAGACGACCAGUUUUAUACUGCUCAGUGUAGUCUGUCAGACAGUACACAGUAUUGUCCUUCUGAUGAACAAUUGUUACCUGGGAAUGAAAAACAAAAUAAUCCCGUUGUAACAGUUUGUACAUCAAGCAGGCAGAGAAGAUCGUUGUCGCAUAGAACUCGACGUAGCAUUACAGAUACCGAUGAUGUUGUUUUGGACAAUGACUCCUUGGAUUACGAUGAUGACGUUAACGACACUUUCACUGACUUGCCAUUCAGAGAUGGAUGGACAGAGGAAAAGGCAAAUCUGACAUGCACCGAACGCAUAAAGAAAUCCAUCCCUUCUGAACUACCAGACAUACCAGGAUUAUCAGAUUCAGACUACAUCCAGUCCUGUAUCAUAGAUAUUAAGUUUACUGCAGGGACCACCUUCGUACAAGAUACAGUUGGUGCCGUGCAGACAAAAACUAUUAUGGAAUUAUCUAGGAAUGAAACAUUGUCAAUUACAGAAACAGAUGAUGGAUCGCAAUCUGUUUUAGACUAUGUUACAAGUUUACUUUGUCCUAACAAUUGCACUGAAAACGGAAAUUGCACAUCAGGUGUUUGCUCAUGUUAUUAUGGAUACAUUGGUGAUGAUUGUUCUGAAGAAAUGUCAAAUCCGCCACUUAAUAUUACACUACCAGCAAAUGGUUUGUGUGGAACAAGAACAAGGGCUUGUAAAAGGACUAAUGUAUAUGGAACGUUCAAAUCAAACACCAUUUGGUGCAGGCGUAGGCACUUUCAGAUAAUGAACGGAUCACAUGAAUACACAUCAGAUUACGAAAUGAUAAAGGCAGAUUACAGGAAUCUUUUCAUGAUAUCUGUUAAUCUAGAGUCACCAAGACGUAAACGGUCUACAGCUGAUGUGGUAAUGGCAGAUGGGUUUGAACUCAGCUUGUCGAAUGAUGGAAAACAGUUCGGAAAUAGCGUCAACAUAGUUAUUUUUGAUGAACUAUGCUUUACAUGUGAUACCAAGUCAAAGAAAUGUUUUUUAUUGGAAUCGUGUCCUGUAACAACUUCUGAACCUCCAGAAACUGUCACUGAAAGUGUGAAACACUUCCCAUAUACUAAGUACAUCAUUAUUGGAACGGCUGGCGUACUCUUAUUCAUCACAGUCAUAUUCAUACUUUUGUUCUUAAAAGUAAGGAAAUUCAGUUCAAGGAACAAGAAAGGCAUAGAAAAGUUUGCACCGACACCUGAAGUUGAAAUGUGGAAUUUAUACAAAGAAAGAGAAAAACAAGAUGAAAUCCACGUUGACAUACAUAAUUGAUUCAAGAUAUUUUGUACUAAUAUUUGGUAGAUUUUUAGAUAUUUUGCUCGUUCAGUUCUCUUUAUCGGCAUAUAAUGUAAGGUAGCAGACUUUCAAAAUAACAAUUUAACGAUCUUGUAUAAUAUUACUCAUACUUAUACGUUGUAUUAUUCAUCAAUUUUUACAUAAAUUCUUACAUGUU